AUGGUGAACAGCGCUUUUGUUAACGUCGGUCGUUGGUCUGCCCUCGCUUUCGGUCUUGUGUACGGCUAUUCACACAACGCAUCUUUGCAAAAGCAAGCCGAAGAAAAGAAACGACAACUUGAAUACAAGCAUAAGGAACAAUUGAUUGAGGAGGCCAAACGCGCUUAUGCUGCCAAAAAGAACCCAGUUGCUGUCGUUGAUGUCGUAUCAGUCGAUAUCGAGAGCCCUGAUUUUGAUGUGGAAAAGUACAUUGCUCAAUUGGAAAAACAAGAAGCCAAGUAA